AUGGGGACAUCGUCCCCACCCUGCGCGGGGCCAUCGCCGCCGCCCAGAGCGGGACCCCCGGGAAACCCCAAAAAUUACCCCUAUGGGGACAUCGUCCUCACCCUGCGCGGGGCCAUCGCGGCCGCCCAGAGCGGGACCCCCGAUAACCCCAAAAAUAACCCCUAUGGGGACAUCGUCCCCACCCUGCGCGGGGCCAUCGCCGCCGCCCAGAGCGGGACCCCCGGCCCCGUGUUCGUGGAGCUGCCCAUCGACGUCCUGUACCCCUUCCACGUGGUGCAGAGGGAGCUCGGGGGGGCCCGCGGGCCCCGGGGGCUGCGCGGGAAGGUCGUGCACUGGUACCUGCAGAACUACCUGCACAACCUGUUUGCGGGGGCCUGGGAGCCCCGGGCCGUGACCCCC